AACUUCAUUUCUUCGAGGUGACAGAUCAUAGGCAACGACGCUACCGGGUCCCGCAAAUUCAAGUGUAAAGUUAGUUAAUAGUCUGAUUCAUCGACGCCAUUACCCAAUGAAGAUCCUUUACCGUUGCUUACUAACGUAGAUAGGAUAAACGUUGUUCAUCACCUUUUUCAAUUUUGUUUCUGAUAAUACUGUUUUUGGUUUAUAGCGUCGGAAUCUAGGUGCUUAAAGGGAGCAAUAGAAAAAGCAAGAUUAAACCAACAAAUACCCAGUCAUAAUCUGUGAGCUAAAAGACACGAACAGAGGGAGUGAGAGGAUAAAGAAUUAGAAUUAGCGAAAAGCCAUCUUGUUUAAGGUUGCCAUUGCUUUGUAAUAGGGUAAUAUGUUGAUGUUGUUGAGUACAAAUAAUUAUAAUAUCCGAAUAUCGUGGGCAUCAUAUGUUUUCAAGAGAAGUCGAAUCAAGUGUGAAAGAGAUUUAUUUCUUUUAUUCUGUUAUCAUCAAUAUCUCAAUUCUAUAUUUUUUUGGGUUCUUUUUUGAGUUUCCUGAUUUGUUUGGAGUUUAAUGUUUAUCGAAAAGCUAAUCAAUCUCGUACUGUCGUACAUACGGUUUAUGGUUUUAAUGUAUUCGUUGAUUUAUUGUUUUGACCGAAUCAGUUGUGUUGUAGAGAAUUCAAAUGCAUUCGGGACUGUGGUAAAAACUGUCGGUUUUUUUUCUGUCUUCUCGAAACCAAACAAGGCGGAUGAUUUUUAAUCAAAGCAUUACUUUUUUUUUUAAGAUCUUAUAAAUUGAUUUUCGUUUCUGCGGAUGAUUUUCUUUAAAAUUAAAAUAGGGCUUGACCAUGAUUCAUUAUUUGUGUAUGAAAGCGAACGACGAGAUCUUUUGAUGUUUCGAUUUCAUAUAGAUUUCAUUGUCCUCAUAACCAUCCCAUAGGACUCUUCACUCUUUCAACUUUGUGCAUCGUUUCGAUUAGGGUUGGACUGUUUCUUUUGGCUUUUUCGCCUAGUAAUGGCGGGUUUUACCUCGUUUUGACUAUUUAGGUCGCUUUUUUUGCCGCACUAGUAUCUUGGUCGCCGGAUUUUCUUCUAUUUCAAUGUGUGCGUUACAUUUAUUAACACCAAUUCCAGGUUUCAUGGAACAAAGGUGGAGUUUUUCAUUCUCAAGUUUGUUUCUUUUGGUUUAGUCGGGAUCCUGACGAGGAGUUGGGAGGGGGUUCUUUUGAAUUUUGAUUUAAUUAUUAAUACGGUGGUGCUUUCAAGGCUUUGGUUGAGAUAAGCUAGUUGGUGGAGCAGCACUAAUUCUAGCAUUUUUUCCCCCCCUUUUGUGUGAGAGUUGGUUUUACUUUCUAAUUCAUAAUAUUUGGAGAAGUCUGCUAUGAGUACAUGAUGUUCAAUGCUCAGGGUCCUGUGAAAAAAUCUAGUCUCCUUGCCAUCCUCAGUGGAAAUUCUUGUGACAAUAAACAAAAGCGGAAACAGGAUGAUUUUCAGGAUCAAUCUCCGUACCCCAUUCCGGAACUUACUUCAUCCGGGCGUCUGGAGGUUAAUGUUUUGAUCAAACCAACUGCUGAUGAACUUCAUCGAGUUUUUGAAACAUUAGAGCCAAAUUUUGUUUACCUGCAAGGCGAACAGCUAGAAGAUAACGAGCAGAUUGGGUCCCUAGUAUGGGAAGAUGUUGAUCUGUCUAGCCCAGAAGCCUUAUGUGGAUUAUUUUCUUCCAAGUUACCUAAUACAGUUUAUUUGGAAACUCCUAAAGGAGAAAAUUUGGCAGAGGCUCUCCAUUCGAAGGGAAUUCCUUACACAAUAUAUUGGAAAAGCGAAUUUUCAAAGUAUGCUGCAUCACAUUUUCGUCAAGCUUUUUUCUCAGUGGCACAAAGUACCUCCAGCCACACAUGGGAUGCUUUCCAGCUUGCUCUUGCUUCUUUCAAAUUAUACUGUUUACAAAACAAUGUCUCACCUUCAAACGGCAUGAAGAGCAGAAGCAAGCUUGGGCCACGAAUGUUUGGUGACCCUCCUAACAUUGAUAUUGCUCCAUUUGAAGCAGACACGAAUGGGGAAGAAAACUCACCUGAGACUAUUUCUGCUCUGAGGAUUUAUGAUGAUGAUGUGAACAUGAGAUUUCUUGUGUGCGGAGUUCCCUGCAUGCUGGAUGCUUGCUUACUGGAAUCAUUGGAGGACGGUCUCAAUGCUCUCCUACGUACAGAAAUACGGGGAUGUAAACUUCACAACCGGACAAGUGCCCCACCACCUCCUCUUCAGGCAGGGACAUUCUCACGUGGUGUGGUAACCAUGCGUUGCGAUAUAUCCACAUGUAGUUCGGCUCAUAUAUCACUCUUGGUGUCUGGUAGUGCAGAUACAUGCUUUAAUGAUCAGCUUUUGGAGAAUUACAUAAAAAAGGAGCUGAUUGAGAAGAGUCAACUUGUUCAAGCAUCAACUAAUUGUGAAGAAAGCGACUUACCUUCCUCUGAGCCUCGACGGUCAGUCUCAAUAGCUUGUGGGGCUAGUGUAUUUGAAGUUUGCAUGCAGGUUCCUACGUGGGCUUCACUGGUUCUGAGACAGGUUGCACCAGAAGUGUCAUACCGCAGCCUAGUUAUGCUGGGAGUAGCCAGUAUUCAAGGAUUGCCUGUUGCAUCAUUUAGGAAACUUGAUGCUGAACGUCUCCUUUACUUUUGUUCAAGGCAGUCGGAAAAAAAUUGCCUUAAUGACUCCAUUUCUUAUGAGCAUCCUAGUUGGCUGAUUCCUCCGCCGCCUACUCAAAAAAGAUCAGGGCCUUUCUCUGGAAUAAAGUCCGUCAAUUCUUGUAGCCUUCAAGUCAGUGAUAGUGGUAACAAUAGAAAGAAAUUGAACAUUGCUGCAAUGAGGCCAAUCCCUCACUCAAAUUGUCAGAAGAUUCAACCUUUUUCUGGAUUAUCUGAGCGGGAAAGGCUUGAUGGAGAACGUGCAAAAUCAAAUCUGCCGAUGGCUCUAACGAAGCACCAUGGUGCAGGCUCUAAUCCAGUCACAAAUAGGAAAUCUUCAACUUCCUUUCAGGCUCAGCAGAUCGUUACAUUAAAUCCACUACCCAUGAAGAAGCAUGGUUGUGACAGAGCUCCAAUACGGACCUGUUCAGAGGAGGAAUUCUUGAGAGAUGUCAUGCAGUUUCUUAUCCUUCGUGGGCAUUCUCGGCUAAUUCCGCCAGGUGGUCUUUCUGAAUUCCCUGAAGCCAUUCUGAAUGCUAAACGCCUCGAUCUUUUUAACUUGUACAGAGAGGUGGUAUCGAGAGGAGGGUUUCAUGUUGGGAAUGGCAUCAAUUGGAAAGGACAAGUUUUCUCAAAGAUGCGGAAUCACACUUUAACAAAUAGAAUGACAGGUGUUGGCAAUACACUUAAAAGACAUUAUGAAACUUAUCUUCUGGAGUAUGAACUAGCUCAUGAUGACGUGGAUGGAGAGUGCUGCUUGUUGUGCCGCAGUAGCGCAGCUGGUGAUUGGGUGAAUUGCGGGAUAUGCGGUGAGUGGGCUCACUUUGGCUGUGAUAGGCGUCAAGGACUUGGUGCAUUUAAGGACUAUGCUAAAACGGAUGGGCUAGAGUACGUUUGCCCACAUUGCAGCAUUUCAAAUUUCAGAAAGAAAUCUCAGAAAACUUCAAACGGAUAUUAACUGGCCAAGAGUGCUUCUCUUUCUGUGAGAAUCUUAUCUCUCACACACACUCAACUGAUGAGGUGGGUUUUGACGAAUGUAAUUUUUUUUUUUUUCCCUUCUCGUUAACCCAUUUGCAUUUUGCCCUUGUUAUGGUCAAACAGGGAGCUGAAGUUCUUCAGCAUCACUAAUACAUGAACAAGGAAAUCCUUGAAUAGGUUUCUAGCAGGAUUAUUUUUCCUCAACUAAAUUGAUUUAUAGUUACUUAUUUAGAUGUAAAGAGUGUUUAUAUAAUUACUUAGUGAAGUUGUUGUCAAGUUCUCGUUUGCAUCAUCUUCAUGUUGCAAUCUUCCCAGUAGUUUGGCUGAGUUUGCGUCGCAAACAUUUGCAUGUGAUGUCUGAUGAAGAUGUGGGUGAGUUUAAUCUCUCCAUAUGAUCGUAGGUUGCAAUUACAGUGUAUCCAAAGGAUUGUCCGUAUCGAAAAUGUUCA